CGUGCACUAGUGUUGGUCUGAACGAGCCGAGGCACCGAUUCACGUAUCAUGCACUGAAAGCAAUACCUCAGCCGAGCUGUAUCACUGAGCGUAUCGCUUUAAGAAAAGUCACGUGACCUACACAGUAACUGUGUCGUAUUGUAUCAUGUUGUAUCACGUGUCCUCGAGGCGCCAGUUCUACUUGAGGAAGUCCAGCACCCAUCGACUCACUUGUUGCUUCGACGCUGUUCAUUGCUAUGGAACCUCCGAGAAAGAGAAAGUACUCUGCCGUGUGGGAUCAUUUUGACCUUAUAUCACCUGAUAAGGUAAUUUCUUUGUACUUCGUUCCAAUUUAAAUGGCUGACAAAAUCUGUAGUGUAUAUUUUUAUGAUCCACAGGUUAAAUGUCGUCUGUGUUCAACGGAGUUGUCUUAUGCAACCCGAAACACAUCAUCAAUGCUACGGCAUUAUAAAGCUCGUCAUGAAAGAGAAGACAAUACACCAGGAAUGGAUACUGGUGGAUUAUUAUUUUGUAAUCUAUCACUAAUUAUUAUGGAGGCUAAUUACAUUCUAAAUCAAACUGUUUUUUUUUUUUUACUUCAAGCCUCUAGAAAACAGGCCCUCAAUCGAUGCAUUAUAAAUAUGAUAAUCAAAGAUUGCCAACCUUUAAGCAUCGUUGAGGACGAGGGAUUCAGGGAGAUGCUCCAGACUCUUGAGCCAUCAUACGCAAUACCAACCAGAAAGGCUCUAAAGGAAAUGGUUUCUGAGAGAUAUGCAGCAGAAACCCAGAACAUUAAGGAAAAAUUACACUCCACCAAUGCAAUCAGCCUUACAGCAGAUAUGUGGACUUCAGUAAACAUGGAGGCCUACUUGGCUGUGACUGGCCACUUCUUUGACACUGAAAAUAAAAUGUGCACCACUGUGCUGGGAGUUAAAUAUUUUCCCAAGAGCCACACAGCAGAGAAUAUUGCUGAGGUCACACAAGAUCUGAUUGACAGCUGGGCCAUCACAGGGAAGGUUGCACGCUUUGUAACUGAUGCCGGGGCAAAUAUGAUCGCGUCUGCAAGACUAUUAAAAAUCGGGCAUAGUCCUUGCAUCGCACAUACUUUAAAUUUGAUUGUUAAAAAAUCUUGCGAUCAAGUGUCAGACCUAACUGAUAUCCGACAUAAAACCAAAAACAUCGUCACCUAUUUUCGUUCCAGCACUCUUGCCAAGGAAAAGCUGAGUCACGUGCAGCAACAAAUGCAAAAACCAAUUCUGAAACUCAUAAAUGAAGUUCCUACACGCUGGAACAGCACAUACCAAAUGCUGUCAAGAAUAGCAAGCCAAAAAGAGCCUGUUUGGGUGAGUCUGGCAUCUUUAAAAACACCAUUGCCUGCACUUACUGGAGAGGAGCAUGACAUCAUUGCAGAAGUCCUGAUUGUGCUUGCCCCUUUUAAUGCUGCUACUGUGGAGCUUUCAGAGGAGAAGCGAGUGAGUGGGAGCAAAAUAAUCCCGAUGAUGAAAAUGCUUCAUCAUACAAUGCAAAAAUGUGCUCCAUCUCUGGAAACAUCAGUUGGAAAAAAACUGCGUCAUGAACUCGACAAAAGAGUAACCGAAACCUUGAACAAUUAUGAAUCUUCCAGUCAUCUGUCUCUGGCAACCUUAUUAGAUCCACGAUUUAAAGCCCUUGGAUUCUUAAAUGGGACCAAAAUAAAUGAUGCUGUGAAGAAACUCAAAUCUGAAUGUGCUGCAGAGAUGAGAAUUUCUGGGCCACCUUCGGCACCACAGGAAGAUCAGCCUGGCCCCUCAUCUCAUUUGCCAGCAUCUUCUAUGUCAGACAACCUGUGGCAACAGCUGGACAUGGAGGUGGCCCGUACUCGAACAAGUACAAGUGUUGUGGCUGAUGCCAUGAUAGAAGUACAAAGAUACCUUUCAUCAGCAAACAUUCCCAGAACCGAAGAUCCACUGGAAUACUGGAAAUCUCAAAAGAAUACCUACCCACACUUAUUCAAACUGUCCCAAAAAUAUCUGUCGACUCCAGCCUCAUCAGCUCCUUGUGAACGAAUUUUCUCCAAAGCUGGAGAAAUUGCAUCCAAGAGAAGAAAUCGUUUGAGCCCAAACAUGCUUCAAAAACUUCUCUUUCUGAAUAAAAAUGUUUAAUGUUAUGGAAACUCA